UGGCGCAGUCAACGGUGGAGGCCCCACCCUUUGUGUAACCUACCGCCCGUCAAUCAAAACAGAAAUAAAUCAGUCAGUUAUAACCUAUUUCUGCGCGUAUGCAAUCAGUUUAAUCAGCUCAUCAUGCCCCGUGGUUUGUGACUAUCAAGACUUUCCGUUUAAAGACAAGUUACGCAAUGACUGGUAUGUUUUUUUUAUUUAUUAUUCUUCACCCUACGGAAGCUAACUAGCUAACUCGGGCUAGCAGGGAUGCUCGUUUGUGACACAGCUAAUCAUCGCUGUAUACCUGAGCAGUUAAGUAGUUUUUUCAGUGAUAGUGCAGUCUAAUGCCGGUUAAUGUGUUGGUUUUUUUUCUCUUACUUGUUCGCCGACACUUUAGGCAGUCUGUGUAAUAGCCAGCCCCAGAACAGCCGCUAAAACCGGAUGAAAUGGAUUGCGUUCGCGACAGUUUUAUCCAGCAGGAUGAAGACAGGGGCAAUCAGGAUGCUCAACAAUCACCCCUCGACCUGCUAGCAACGACCUGCACUCAGGUUGAGUCGCCAUCGUCAGAGGUGAACAGAGGUGCUGCAGCUGAUGUGGCGUCAGAGCCAUCUUCUCAGCUUAUUGGGACUGAGAAAUGGGAAGUGCUAACCCCCACAACAGCAGCAAAGGACGAGUCUGGAAUAAUACACAUCCAGAGUCAAGGAAUAUUGACAUCAAACGGACAAUAUGUUCUUCCUCUCCAGAACCUUCAGAGUCAGCCUAUCUUUGUGACGUCUGGCACAGACGCCUCCUCUGCCAACUCAGUGCCUAACAUUCAGUACCAAGUGAUUCCUCAGAUUCAGACAGCUGACGGACAGCUGAGCUUCUCCACCUCUGGUGUGGAGGGACCAACUCUGACUCAGGAUGCCACAGGCCAGAUUCAGAUUUUGCCUGAUGGUAGCCAGAGUCUUAAUGUGGCAACAUCUGCAAACAUCCUUAACAACCAAAACCUCAUUUCACAGGCUGGCAGCGUGCAGCAGAUCCAAGGGGUGUCCUUUGGCAGUUCCACUUUUAACAACCAAGGCCAGGUUGUUACAAACGUGCCUGUGGGCCUUCCCGGGAACAUAACUUUUGUUCCUAUUAACAGUGUUGACUUGGACUCCCUUGGCCUGUCGGGUGCUCAGACUAUAGCAACGGGGGUCACUGCUGAUGGCCAGCUGAUUAUGGCAAAUCAACCAGGAGAUAACUCAGAGAGUUUGAACAAGACAGAUGAUCACCUCUCACAGACGCUACCAGGACAUAACCCAAAUGCAAAUACUGAGAUAUAUGUGCCAACGUCUUCCUCUCAAUUACAUGUUCCAGCAAAUGAGGCCGGUCUGCAGACACAAGACCCUUCGUUACAAUCGGUGGCAACAGAGCAAGCAGACUCAAGUGCUGCUCUCCAAGAAAGCUUCCUCCACCAAAAUCAGGAGCAGAACAUCCAGGUUUCCUCAGCUCAACCCAUCAUCCAGCUGCAACAGGUGCCCAUUCAAACCACCAACGGCCAGGUGGUGCAGUCCAUGACUACAGGAGGACAGAACCUGCAAAACGUCCAGCUCAUCAACCCAGGAACCUUCAUCAUCCAAGCUCAGACGGUCACCCCGUCAGGUCAGAUACAAUGGCAGACCUUUCAGGUACAGGGAGUGCAGAAUCUUCAGAACCUCCAGCUGCCCACCACACCACCCCAGCAGAUAACCCUGGCACCUGUCCAGACCCUGUCGCUGGGGAGCAUCAGCGCGGGGCAGAUCCCCAACCUCCAGACGGUGACGGUCAACUCAGUUGGCCAACAGGAAGGAGGAGGAGACACAGAGGUCCCAGGAGAUAUUCGGAUAAAAGAAGAGCCAGACACUGGAGACUGGCUGAGCACAGACUCUACCCUGAACGCAAACGAUCUGUCUCACCUCCCUGGCAGACUGAUAGAAGAAGAGGAUCUGCUCGGUCAGGAGGGCAAGAGGCUGCGCCGAGUCGCGUGUACUUGUCCUAACUGCAAAGAGUCGGGCGGCAGAGGAUCAGGCACAGGGAAGAAGAAGCAGCACAUCUGCCACAUCGCGGGCUGUGGGAAGGUGUACGGAAAGACGUCACACCUGCGAGCGCACCUGCGCUGGCACUCCGGGGAGCGACCGUUCGUCUGCAGCUGGAUGUUCUGCGGGAAGAGGUUCACACGCAGCGAUGAGCUGCAGAGGCACAGACGAACACACACAGGAGAGAAGAAGUUCGUCUGCCCCGAAUGUUCCAAGCGCUUCAUGCGGAGCGACCACCUGGCCAAGCACAUUAAAACCCAUCAGAACAAAAAGGGCGUGAACUCUGGCGCCGCCGUGGUGGCCUCCAUGGAGUCGGCAGGCUCCUCUGAGAGCAUCAUCACGGCGGGCGGAACCACCCUCAUCCUCACCAACAUCCAGCAGGGCUCGAACAACGCCCAGGACAUACUGGCCAACGCAGAGAUCCCCCUCCAGCUCGUCACCACGGUCGCCGCCAGUGAAGUUAUGAAGUGAUUUGCCCUUAUGAACUUCUACAUCUCUCAUUCUGUAUUCUUGCAUUUUUAUUCGAGUUUUGAAGGAAAAUUAUAGAUUAUAAAUAUAUAUAUAAAUAUAUAUUUUACCACAGAAAUAGUCCAUGUCCAUCUUUAGUGUCCACUGGGGAAAACAAGCAAGUGGAGACUAAAAGGUGGGAAUAAGACGUUGCAGUAAACACACAAAGAAAUGCCUUAUUUUGUACAAUAUUGUGUAGUUUUAAUGCCAUUUUGUUUAAGUUUACUUAUUUGUCAAUUAUGUGUUUCUGGGAAAAACUAUUGCUAAGUGAAGCAAAUGUAUUCUCACCUUUUGUUGCUAUUAUAUCUGGAUGACUUUUGUUUCAAAGACAUUUUUAAAGAGAGACUUGGACCCAACAGCAGAGCAAGUUUUAUGCAGCUGAAGUGAAUCUAUUAAGUUCAUGCAAAAGUAAAAAUGUUUUUAAUUAUUGUUGUGCAUCAUUUUCUGGCAGCCAGCCUGCUUCCAGUUUGUUCUUCAUCCAGAUUUCUGUGUGUGUGUGUAUAUACAUAUGUAUAUAUAUAUAUAUAGAUAUAUAUAUAUAUAUAUCUAUAUAUAGAUAUAUAUAUAUAUCUAUAUAUAGUUGAAUUGUUCAUACCAACAACAUUAAGCAGGUGGAAAUGGAAAAACAAUCAAAUGUUUUUAUAUAUUUCGUCUUGAACAUUGAAAGUGCGUUUGUGAUAUCUAAAUUUAAAAUGUUUCCAUUCUGCGUAAUCAACAUGUUUUUGUACCCUAUUUGGUAAAAGCAAAACGUCAGAAAGAAACUGCGUGCUGUAAUAUGAAAAGAAAAAAAGCCAUUAUCUUUGGAGAUAUUUGCCAAAUUUGACUCCAAGCUCAGGGUGACUCUUGACUGCGUGCUAUAAGUACAGUAAAUCACCCAUAUUGUUUCUCAGGCCAUAUUUCUGUUUCCUUUUUCUCUCUCAAUUUUACAAAUGAAGUGCUUAAUAAACCGUCAUCAUGCUAUGUUUAUAUAUAUAUAUUGAAUAAUCUCUUUAUUUUAACAGCUUUUUUAACUUUUGUCCUACUUCGUUGGUCCUAUCACGAUAUCAAAAAGUAACGGAUUGUUGAAAAUGGUACUUUUAUGCAGCACUGUCCUCAUCACUUUAAUCUUGUUUAUCAUCUUGGAUUUAAAUGUUUUGUUGGAAACUGUUAUACCGACGUCAGCGCAUGUACAGCUUCUCUAUCCUCGUGUCAUUUUAUUUUAAAUGUUUUACAUUCCCCAUUUUUUUCCAUUUUGCGGUAUAUCUUUAUGUCAUUUCUGACUCCAAACUGUACAAUGAAAUGCACAUGCACACUGAGUAGUUACUUUAAUGGUGAUGUGGGGAAUUUUUCGGUCUUUUCCGUUUGCUUUUUUUUUUUUUUUUUUUUUGGCCAUUCUGGCUUCUUUGGGAGCUUUCUCCAACAUGCAGCAUAUUAACGUUAUUUACUAAACACUGAGGGUUUAUCUUUAUUCCACUCUUCUGUAAAAACAUUUGUGAGCAUUUAACAUCAAUACAAAUAUUUUCUGUUAA